AUGGCUACAAACGCUGAGGUAACUGGGCCUGUCUCUCAAGAAGACAUAGAGGCAGCAGAAAAACUGAAAAAUGAAGCAAAUGAGCUCUUUAAAAAGCAACAUUACGACGAUGCUAUAGAAUUGUACUCAAAAGCAAUUGAGAAGAACCCAAAUAAUGCAGUUUACUACGCAAACAGGAGCAUAGCGAAUUUAAGGUUGGAAAACUUUGGAUAUGCACUCGGUGAUGCAUCCAAAGCAAUAGACCUUGAUAAGUCUUACACUAAGGCUUAUUAUAGGCGGGCGGCUGCUCAUAUGUCAUUAGGAAAGUACAAAUUAGCCCUUAAGGAUUUUGAAUAUGUAACCAAAGCUAGGCCAAAUGACCAGGAUGCAAAGAUGAAAUAUAAUGAGUGCAAUAAAAUUGUAAAAAAGAUUGCAUUCGAGAAAGCAAUAUCUGUAGAUAAGAAGGAGGUUAAUAUAGCUGACACCAUUAAUCUGGAUGCUAUGACAAUAGAAGAUGAAUAUGAAGGACCAGCACUAGAAGAUGGCAAAGUAACACUCAAGUUUGUCACUGAGCUAAUGGAAUAUUAUAAACAAGAAAAACAGUUACAUAAGAAAUAUGCAUAUAAGAUCCUUAUAGAUGUAAAGGCAUACCUACAAAAACAACCAACACUUGUUGAUAUUAAAGUACCAGAUGAUCAGAAGUUCACUGUAUGUGGCGACAUUCACGGUCAAUUCUAUGACCUCAUGAACAUAUUCGAACUCAACGGCCUACCAUCAAAAUCUAACCCUUACUUGUUUAACGGUGACUUCGUUGAUCGAGGUUCAUUCAGUGUGGAGUGUAUCUUCACGCUGUUUAGCUUCAAAUUGCUUUAUCCAGAUCACUUUUUCAUGUCUAGAGGCAACCACGAAACCCGGGACAUGAACCGCAUGUACGGUUUCCGCGGCGAGGUGACCUUCAAAUACACGGCACAAAUGGCCGAUCUGUUCACGGAGGUAUACAACUGGCUGCCAUUGGCUCACUGCAUCAACAACCGAGUACUGGUGAUGCAUGGUGGAUUGUUCUCUAGUGAUGACGUCACGUUGGAGGAUAUACAGAAUGUCGAUAGGAAUAAACAGCCCCCUGAGGAUGGUAAGGGUUGA